CCUCCAAGGGAAAAUUAUGCAAAUCCAAAGACUUGUUUUUUCCAUGUUUUCUUCAAGGCUGCAGCAUUGGCGUUCUAUAUCCUCUCAGCUCUUUUCUUUAAUAGUUUUGUGAUCAUUUUCGUGGUUACUGUUCUUCUUGCUGCUCUUGAUUUUUGGGUCGUCAAGAAUGUGAGUGGACGGAUAUUGGUUGGUCUGAGGUGGUGGAACGAGAUAAAUGAGCAAGGAGAGAGUGUGUGGAAGUUUGAGUGCUUGGAUCAAGAGUCUCUUGCUCGCGUGAAUAAGAAGGACUCCUGGCUCUUUUGGUGGACGCUUUAUCUCACUGUAAGUUAUUUUGAGCAAGAUUUGCAAUCUUCGAAUGUACCGCCUGGAAGGGGGGGUACCCUACUGUAGGGAAAUGAGUCUCAGUACGUCCUGUAUAUUGAGUAUUGUUACGGAUAUUGCAAACCUUGAUUUUGAAGAACAAUUAUUUUAGAAUAAAUUAUAUGUUCACGAUUCAA